AUGGACUCCUGGAUCUUCCCGUCGUCCCCUCCGAACCUGUCGGAGCACCUCAUGUACGACAGCUUCAUGCAGGGCAAUGAGUCCGACCUUCAUGGGAACUACACGUACCACAGCUUCAACAAAACCAGCACGGUGGUCAUCACCUGCAUGUACUUUCUGGUUUGCACUGUGGGGCUCUGUGGAAACGCCCUCGUCAUUUACGUCAUCCUGCGCUACGCCAAAAUGAAGACAGUUACUAACAUCUACAUCCUCAACCUGGCAGUGGCCGAUGUGCUGUUCAUGCUCGGCCUGCCGUUCAUCGCCAUCCAGCUGGCGCUGGUCCACUGGCCGUUCGGCCCAGUGCUCUGCAGAGUUGUAAUGACCGUCGACUCUCUGAACCAGUUCACGUCCAUCUUCUGCCUGAUGGUCAUGAGCAUCGACCGUUACCUGGCUGUGGUGCAUCCCAUUAAGUCCACAAAGUGGCGUAAGCCGCGCAUGGCCAAGACUAUUAACUUAGCAGUGUGGGGGGUGUCGCUGAUGGUCAACCUGCCCAUCGUCAUCUACAGCGGAGUCAUCACAAAACACGACGGUUGCUUCUGCACCAUCGUGUGGCCUGAGCCUCAAGAGGCCUACUACACAGCGUUCAUGUUCUACACCUUCAUCCUGGGCUUCUUCCUGCCGCUCAUGGUCAUCUGCCUCUGCUACUUGUUUAUCAUCUUCAAGGUGAAGUCGUCAGGCAUCCGCGUGGGCUCCUCCAAGAGGAAGCGCUCAGAGAGGAAGGUGACUCGCAUGGUGUCCAUUGUGGUGGCAGUGUUCGUCUUCUGCUGGCUGCCUUUCUACGUCUUCAAUGUCACCUCAGUGACGGGAACCAUCAGCACCACUCCCAUCCUGAGGAGCACCUUUGCCUUUGUGGUGGUUCUGGGAUAUGCCAACAGCUGCGCCAACCCCAUCCUCUACGCCUUCCUGUCGGAGAACUUCAAAAAGAGUUUCCAGAAUGUUCUGUGUCUUAAGAAGGUGGGCGGGUUGGAUGAGGUCGAUCGCAGCGAUAGCCGGCAGGAUAAGUCUCGAAUGAUGAAUGACCCCACGGAGACCCAGAGCACUCUGCUGAAUGGAGACCUUCAGACCAGCAUCUGA